UUGUUCCAUGCGUGUUUUGAGUAAAAGUAGUGUGAUUACAUGAAUGGUGUUUAACAUGAGGUUAUUAUGUAACGUUAAUGUUAAUAACGUUAAUAAUGUCGUUAAUAAUAAAUGAUGUCGAUAUCGUGUUUACAGUGUUUUGUCUAAAAUGGAAACGCGUGUCCAAAUAAUCGACAAAAUCUACGUCGUUUUUCCUCCAUUUGUGGAAGUUUCUGGACAGUGAAGUUUCAUCCCAUCACACUGAGCUGCCAUGGAGUGUUUGGAGGAGAAGCUCAGAGGUCUGUCCAUCGCUCGGCGGUCUCGUCCUGAUGAACCCACCUACCUGCUGCACGUUGCCCUGCAGCCGACCGGCCUGCUGGCGGUGUCCUGCUCCAACUUCACCGUCCACCUGCACAACAAGGACACACUCAAACUGGUGGGAGAGUAUCAGGGCCACAGUGGGCCGCUGUGUGGGGUUACUUUCGCCCACAGCUCCCCUGACAUUCUCUACUCUGGUUCUGCUGAUGGGACAGUGCGGGAGUGGGAUGUCCGCUGCCCUGGGACAGAGGCCGUCCAGACAUUUAAAAGUGACCCCUCACACAGCUACUGCAGCUUCGACCUGAGCUGCAGCGACACGCUCCUAUGUGCAGGCACUGAGCAGGUAAACAACGAGGACAGCUUUCUGGUUUUCUGGGAUACCAGGAAACCAGGUGGUGGGCUUCUGGGGGUAUACUCUGAGUCACACAGUGAUGACAUCACACAGGUGUGCUUCCACCCUCGAGACAAAGACCGUCUGGCUUCUGGCUCCACAGACGGCCUGGUGAAUGUUUUCGACCUGAGCCGGGGAGCGGAGGAGGAGGCGCUGCUCGCUACCUGUAACAGCGACUCCUCCGCUGGCUCGGUCUGCUGGUCCGGAGCAGAUUACACCCAGCUGCUGUGCCUCAGCCACGACGAGGGGCUACACCUGUGGGACCUGGGCCAGCUGGACACAGAGGAGCCUCUCACCAUCUUCAGCACCUCGGAUGCCCGCAGCCUGACACUGCUGGCUGAUGGAGGAGGUGUGGACUACCUGGUGGGGGGGGGGUGGCUGGAGCAGGCCCAGAAGCUGCUGGUGGUCGGAGGACAGAACAGCGGGGAUCUCCACCUGAUGGAGUGUGACGACAAGGGGCUGCGCCUGCUGAGGAGCCUGGAGGGUGGCCACGCCUCCACAGUACGCUGCUUCUUGUGGGACUCGGCGGGGGAGUCGCUGGUCACGGGGGGAGAGGACGCUCAGCUGUUGCUGUGGAAACCAGGAGGGGAAGAACUCACAACGGGUAAAAGGGAGUCCAUGAAGAGUGAAUCAGCUUUGAGACUCAAAUCCAGACCACAUAAAAAACACGGCAACCAGAGGCAGAAGAAGGCGGCGUAACAGAGACCUGACUGCACUGUGGUCGCUGCUCACUCCUCUGCCAACGUUUCAUUUCUGAGAAGGAUCAUUUAAACCUGGUCUUACAUAAAUAAUUCACUAAGUCCCCCAGGAAAGAAAACUCUGAGUGUGAAAACCGUGUUUCAGGUCCAUGUUACGUACCAGUUCUCAGCUGGGAAGAGUCACUGAAUUGAAGGACACUCCUCAGUAUGUUGAAUGAAUCUGCUUCGUUUUUGAGCUAAUGUUCUGAUUCUUGAUUAAUCCUUUACAUUUUUUUUGUCAGCUUUGCAAAAUAGUCACCUGAAGAUAAAUAAAACCUGAAGUUUCAGUUUCUAGAUGUGUUAGAUGUCACAUUAAACCAAAAAUCUUUAGGUUUUGAACUGUUGGUGAAACAAAAGAAAUUUGAAAAUGUCACUUUGGACUCUGGAAAAAUGAAAUGGAAAUUUUUCACAUUUUGCUAUUUCACAGACUACGUGAUAGGACCGUUAAUCUAGAAAAUAAUUGGCAGAGUAAUCAAUAAUGAAAUUAAUCUGCAGUCCUUCUUGUGUUGCUCUGUCAGAUCCUCUCCAUCAUACGAGCCUACAACAUGGAAUGUCACUGCUUGUUUACUGACACAUAUUUCUUACAUUAAGAAAUCAUUCAAAUGACAUUUUGUCCUGUGGUUUUUUCAUUUUUAUCUGGUAAAAUUUUGUCCAAAAGGCUAAACUCACUGCACAAAACAGUAAAGGAGACAGUUUCCUGUUUAUUAACUGCAUGUGAAUGUAUUACAUACUGUAAACUAUUUAUUUGUAGUCUGAAAGAUUCCUGAGGUUUUCAAUUUUAAAUUAGAUUUUGUACAAGUUUAGCAAAAUUCCCAUUAUUAUCAUGCCAUUUUGUGUCAUUGUGUGUUGGUGAUAUUUCUCCUUUAAAGCUGCAGUGAUUGAUUCAUCCACCGGAGCUGCAUGGCACAGCAGGAUCACGCUGAGGGAGCAGGUAUCGCUCUCAAAUGGCAAAGAGUGGAAUAACUGAUUGGCAGUGCAAGUGUGUGCUUCUGUGUGUGUGUGUGUGUGUGUGUGUGUGUGUGAGACUCAGGAGAAAUCAUGCAGUGAUUCAGGCUGAUGAAGCAAACUCUCAUUCAUAUUAGAGACAUUCAAGACUGUCAGUAAUGAUUUGUGGUGAGUCAGUGAUCUUUAUCGACAACAACCUGCAGCUUUUACAUGGUGACAGAGAACAUGCAUGUUUCCAUGGUGUGACACCAUGGAAACAUGGACAAAGUGUUUGGUAAAGUUCACAUUUAGAUCUGUUUGUUGAAAAGUAAAUUCUCAAAAACUGAUAAAUAACCAUUAAAGUUUCUAAUGGUACAAAGGUCAAUACACCUGACUGUACUGGGUGUUCAUAUUACCUGUAACUUGAUUGAUCAGGACAUGUACCAGGUGUUUAUUGUUUAUUAUGGGGCCACUGGCUGCUUUCGUAUGUUAUUUUGUGCACCGGGGUGUAAUUACUGUGCAUGGAUCUGAUGUCAGAUCAGUGAUUCUCAAUGACCAGCGACUGGAGCUCAGCUCCUUACAGCACAUUCAGUUCAGCAGCCUGUGUCUCAUCGUUUCUCCUGUGUGUUAAAGCUUUUCUGUGUUCUGUAUUCUGUCAGUCAGCACACACCGGAGACUGAACUGCCCUGCCACCUUUAUGAAGGUGGGUGGGCAGUUCUUGUGUCUCUUUUAAACAAGAUGUUGGACUAGAAUUAA